AUUUAAACCCGUAAUCUCUUAUCACAUUGACUUUUGACACUAAUUUAUGAAUUCAAAAACUUAAAUAUGUUAUGUAACAGAACCAAGAAAUACUAAUGAGGCCAUGAGCAUCCUUACUUGCCACCCUCUAGAAACUACACGUCAUGGAAUUCCACGUAUCAAAAGAGUAAAGCGGUGGUCGGUGGAUAAUUCAACCAGCCAGUAACUAGAAACUACCACAAUCAAACAACUUUGCAUUUUCUAUUCCAUUUCAACAACCUUUGUCCCGUAUCUUCCCGGACUAUCCUUCACCUCACACCAUUAAAUUUCCAUUUCUAUAAAUACUUUGCAGCAAUUCUUCACCAUUUCCAGUCCAAAUCAGUAGCCAUGAUCGAUCAAGGAGAAGUAGUGGUGCUUGCGAAUGGCGGUGAUGAUCACCAACAACAAACCGCCAUUAAUUAUGUCCUCAACAUCUACCCUUUGAGUGGUUACUAUUUCGGUUCCAAAGAUGCUCUUCUUCUUAAGGAUGAAACCGGCACAGAUUCUCUUCUUCGCUUGAAAUCUAAUUAUGAAGCUCGUGGAUUAAGGACUUGCGUUCAAGCUGUACUUUUGGUUGAUUUGUUUAAACAUCCACAUAUCUUAUUGCUACAAACGAGGAAUCAUACUUUUAACCUUCCUGGUGGACGUUUGCGAGAGGGUGAAUCAGAUAUUGAAGGGUUGAGACGUAAACUAUCAAGGAAGUUAUCUCUUGAUGAAGGCAGUGAUGAGAUAGGAUGGGAGGUGGGAGAUUGUCUUGGAAUGUGGUGGAGACCAGAUUUUGAGACCUUGUACUAUCCAUAUUUGCCUCCUAACAUUAAGAAGCCCAAGGAGUGUGCCAAGCUCUUUUUGGUUAAGUUGCCAGCAAGUCGAAGAUUCAUUGUACCAAAGAACUUGAAGUUGCUUGCUGUUCCGUUGUGUCAGGUUCAUGAGAACCACAAGACGUAUGGACCAAUAAUAGCAGGGAUUCCUCAACUAUUAUCAAAAUUUUCCUUCAACAUGAUUCAGACUUAAGAUUCGAAACUCAGGACAUUUUCAUGUACCUGAUGUAAAUAUGUUUAUGUAUGCAUAGAUUACGUUUAAUGGAAAUCAUAGUAUGUUAUGCAUAGAUUAUGUUUAAUCGAAAUCCUAGUAGACGGAAGAUAGUCUCGGCCCUUUUGGAUCGAGCUGCGAUUAUCUCAAUAGAAGCUACCUGGGUUGAUUGUGCGCGGUAAUGGUGUGCUCUUUAUUAGGAGUGAUUGCAAUAUUUUUCAUAUUCAAGAUGAAUCACUGUUGAAAUUUGGAUUAUUGUAACUUGUAUAGUUGGUAGUCCACUCUAUAUAUUAAUCUAUAUUAAUGGGAUUUAUAUUAAUUAAUAUUUUUUUUUGAAGUGAAGUAAAGUAAAGUAUUUAUAUUUAUAAAAUUAUAUUGGAUGUGAGGUAGACAGAAAGAGCCAAUGAUGUAUGGAGAAUCCACCGUCCUUUCUCUACUCCAAUGCCAUCCUCGCCCUUCCUUGAAAGCCUCUCUCCAUCCACCCCUUCUAUGAUAGUUUUUAUUUUACUAUUUUUUUAAAAAAAAAUGCAAAACUUGUCAUAAUCUGACACGUACAUGUUAAGAAUUUAUUUAUUUUUAUUGAAAACAUCAGCUAAGAGAGGUUAAGAUGACUGAAAGUUGAAAAAUACUUUUAGAAAAAUGUGAUGCAAAUGUGAGAAUUUUACACAAAAUCAUCCAAAGGUGGUAAUUU